AUGACCAGCCCUGCCCGACCUAACAAUCGAGAGGUUGCGCCAGCGCCUAGAGCUUUGUCGUCAGAGAAUAAUCUACAGAGAGAAUCCCAGCCUGCACCCGCUGGAAAUUACGACAUAACUCAUCUCCGACGCAGAGGCGGCCACGUUCAGUUUUAUGGUUACAGUUAUCACCUGAACUUCUAUCAGCAGUUUCCCGAACUUCGAUCAUACAUUGCUGGUGUGAAAGCUCAGUACCCUACGAUAAACGGGGCGAGAGACGGAGUCUUUCCACCAAAUCAUGAAAGCACUACCUUUGGCAAACACAUCAGUAUCCCGGUGGGUACAACAGCUCUCAAGGCUGUGAUACCAAGCAAGUCCGUGUCGGAUGCGCUAGUACAGACUUAUCUUGAUCGUUUCGAAACUACACAUCGCGUGCUGGACCGGUCGGCUUUCAUGGCCGAGUAUCAUCGUCACUGGAGUGAUCCCACGUCAACAGCUCCCUUCUUCCUCACUCAGCUGCUUUUGGUCCUUGCUACUGGUGCCAGCCUGAAUUCUGAAACCUACCUCGAAAACAAAUCCAACCCAUCAAUCUACAUGCAAACAAUCAAAUGGAUCGAGGUCGCUGAAUCAUGGCUGACUUUCGCCAACGAUGUUGUGCCACAUUCUCGCGAAGCAAUUGCGGGUCGAUGCUUAGUGCUUGUUGCCAAGCGAGCGAACUACAUACAAAGCAGCUCAUUCUGGACCGGCAGCGGCGAAUUGAUGCGGCUGGCCAUGGCAGCGGGAUACCACCGGGAGGUGAGCCCAGCAGCUCGAAUCUCCUCCUACGAUCAGGAGAUUCGUCGGAGGCUAUGGACGACCAUCGUGGAGCUGGAUGUACAAGCCGCCCUAGAACGAGGCAUGCCGCCCACUCUGCGACCCGAUGGCUUUUCUACAAACUAUCCAUUGCACAUUAAUGAUGACAAGCUCUGCAAUUCUCUUGACUGUACGGAGGAUAUCAUACCUCUAGCGAAAAUGGCUGAUACCUCGUUUCAGGUCGCCCUGCUACAAUCCUUGCCGAUCAGACUUGCAAUAUGCGCAUAUGUCAACGGCUGCGAUGUAGCGAUGGAGUUUGAGCAAGUGCAAGAACUGGGGGAGGCUUUGCACAACGCGCUUCAAGCUAUCCCGGACUGGAAUAGUCGCGCAGCAGAUCCACGCCAGCAAAAACUGGCGAUGUACUUGAGCACCCUGCUGAAGAUUCAUUUCUCGAGGCCUACGUUGACGCGGGAGGACAUCCCACCCCGACGAUACAAAACGAUGCCUCCGGAGGCUUAG